UAUAUAUACAAACACUCACCCAUAUCUUGAGCUGACAUUCAUGAGAUAUCCACAAUUGUUAUCAAUCAGAGCAGUCUGAAUUUGCUCUUCAAUUCUUGUCUAUGUACUUCUCUCACACGGAUCUUUUCCACAAUCUAUAAACUUGCUACUUUUUUCUCCUUCAGAUUCUUCUCUCUUCCUCUCUUAGUUUUCCGCAUCCGACAUUUUGCUGUGGAAUUACUUCGCCGCUUGUGUAGAAACAUACAACAUUCCUCUAUCGAUUUUUAGUUUCGGAUCAAAGAGAAGAAAUUCUGGGGUUUUCUUUGCCAAGUCCCAGAUGUUGACUUUGCGUGAAGUUUCCCCUUUUGCCGCGGUGUCUUAGCUAUCAAUUCAGCCCUGUUGUUUUCUAACUUUCAAGUAACCAAGAUUUGAUUUUUGUUCUAAUACAGUGUGUGUAUAUUGUAAGGUUUAUGUGAUAUAAGCUGAACUUGUAUUCUCGAUUAGGGUAUUUUUUUCUGGGUGCCUUUUUUGUAUCGUUUUCUUUGAUAGGAUCUGAAGAGAAAUUGGGGAUUUUUUUUUUAUUGUUUAUUAGGGAUUUUGUCCAAAUUUCGUGAUACAUUAAGCUGUGCAUCGGGAAAUAAGAAGGGAUUCAUUUUUUGUAUUGAUUCUGGGAGAAAUUUUGAUUCAUUUCUGAAAACGAAGCAUGGAUCAUGUCAUCGGAGGGAAGUUUAAGCUGGGAAGAAAGAUUGGGAGCGGAUCUUUUGGAGAGCUUUACUUAGGAGUAAAUAUUCAAACUGGAGAAGAAGUUGCUGUGAAGCUGGAAUCUGUUAAGACUAAGCACCCUCAGCUUCACUAUGAAUCAAAGUUGUACAUGCUUCUUCAGGGGGGAACUGGGAUUCCCCACCUUAAAUGGUUUGGAGUUGAAGGAGAGUACAAUGCUAUGGCUAUUGACCUUCUUGGUCCAAGCUUGGAGGAUUUGUUUAACUACUGCAACAGGAAGUUCUCGUUGAAAACAGUUCUUAUGCUAGCAGAUCAAUUAAUAAAUAGAGUUGAAUACAUGCACUCUAGAGGCUUUCUUCAUCGUGAUAUAAAGCCUGAUAACUUCUUAAUGGGGUUGGGACGCAAAGCCAAUCAAGUGUACAUCAUUGACUAUGGGCUCGCUAAGAAAUACCGAGAUCUACAGACUCACAAGCAUAUACCUUACAGAGAAAAUAAGAACCUCACUGGCACAGCUCGUUAUGCUAGUGUUAACACCCAUCUUGGAGUUGAACAAAGCAGAAGGGAUGAUUUAGAAUCUCUUGGUUAUGUCCUCAUGUAUUUUCUAAGAGGAAGCCUUCCUUGGCAGGGACUAAAAGCUGGCACAAAAAAGCAGAAGUAUGACAGAAUCAGCGAGAAAAAGAUGCUUACUCCAGUAGAAGUGCUUUGUAAAUCUUAUUCAUCAGAGUUCAUUUCAUAUUUCCAUUAUUGUCGGUCAUUGCGAUUUGAAGACAAGCCUGAUUAUUCUUACUUGAAGAGACUUUUCCGAGACCUCUUUAUUCGAGAAGGUUACCAAUUUGAUUAUGUAUUUGAUUGGACAAUACUGAAGUAUCCACAAGUCGGCUCGAGUUCUAAAACAAGGCACCCAACAGGAAAAGUCCCUUUAAACCUAGGACAGCCUGCAGAAAGAGUUGAGAAGACACCAGUGAAGCACGAUAUUCGGGACAGAUUAUCUGGUGCAAUGGAGGCAUUUGGCAGAAGAAAUGGUUCUGGUGCAGGCUUGCAUGGAGAAAACUCGAGAAACAGAUCCGAUGAAGUACCACCAUCCAAAGACGUGAAAAUUGAUUCGGAAAGAGGUCGGCUUUCUCGGACCGGCAGUAGCUCAAAGAGGGCAGUCGUGUCAAGCAGCAGGCCCAGCUCCUCUGGUGAACCCAGUGACAAUCGUCAUAGCCGGCUCGGGUCAGGCAGUGGUCGUAUAUCAACCACUCAGAGAUUACAACCUGGAUUUGAGUCCAAAUCCUCUUCUUUCACUCGUGCUGCUGCAAGAGGCAUCCGAGAUGAAACUCUCCGCAGCUUUGAGCUGCUGACAAUUGGCAGUGGGAAAAAGAAGUAACCGUACCAUUUAUAUUGCUCGUUUCAGCUUUGUCUGCGGCCAAACUAUGUAAACACCAGGAGCUGCUCAUCAUCAUGUCUCUUAUAACCUUUCACUCGUUACGGGUAUAUUAUGGCAUCCUUUGUUGAUAUGGCUUCUCCAAACUCCGGCUGCGGAUACAACGACAUCACUGGUCAGUUUCCAAUGGCAUUACCUAAAUCUCCGUUUCUUGAAUUGCUCUCUUUACUUAUUCUUGCUUCGAUACAUCGUGUACGUAUAAAUCCACGAAGACGAAUGUUUUAAUUUGCUAAAUGGAACUACUACUCUUCAUGUUUGUGAUUCUACUGUGAUUCAAAUAAAUACUGUCUCCACAAGGGUACCCUUCCUCA